AUGCUAGGCACUGGUAAAAAGACAAACCCUGUACAGAAGAAUGGAGCCCGGACGUCCGAGUCAAAGUCGGACGACCCUCUUAUAAAUUUAGGUGUUCAGGAUGAUGAGGAUGUAAAGUUGAUGUUGCGUGGCACGGUCAUGAUGAAGGUCCGUUCUCCACAUUGGCAGAGAAAGCGCAUGUUUAAACUCAUGGACGAUGGAAUGACUGUGUGGUGUGAGUCCAACAAGAGCUCCAGCAGGGCCAAAUCCCAGCAGUGCUUCUCAGUAACAGAGGUGGAGUGUGUAAGAGAGGGUCACCAAUCAGAGACUUUCCGUAAGCUGGAUGGCUCCGUGCCUGCAGAGCAGUGUCUUACCAUCAUUUUUAAAGGUGGACGGAAGAGUCUUGACCUGCGCUGUCCGAGCAAAGAGGACGCACAGAGAUGGGCCCGCGGCAUCCACACUCUUCAGGGCCGAGUGGAGAAUAUGACCCACAAAGAGAAACUCAACCACUGGAUCCAUAGUUACCUGAGACAGGCAGAUCUGAACCACGAUGGGAAAAUGAGCUAUGAUGAGGUCCAGACUCUUCUGCAGAUGAUCAACAUUGACCUGAGUGAGCAGUACGCUCGCAGCCUCUAUAAGAAAUGUGAUAAAUCAGCAGAUGGUCGUUUGGAACACAGUGAGAUUGAGGAGUUCUGUCGUGAGUUGCUGCGUCGCCCCGAGCUGGACGCAGUGUUCCAGCGUUACUCGGCCAACGGUCACGUCCUCUCCACCGUGGACCUGAGGGAUUUCCUGAGGGACCAGGGUGAAGACGCUUCGCUAGUGCACGCGCAGAGCCUCAUCCUAACCUAUGAGUUCAACGAGUGGGCUCAGAAGAACCAGUUCAUGACACCAAAUGGAUUCACCAUGUACAUGCUGUCUCGUGAGAAUGAUGUGUUUGACCCAGAGCACGGCAAAAUCUACCAGGACAUGACCCGGCCCCUCAGCCACUAUUUCAUCUCAUCCUCACACAACACCUACCUUACAAGAGACCAGGUCCUCAGCGACAGCAGCACCGAGCCUUAUAUCAGAGCUCUGAAUCAUGGUUGUCGCUGUGUGGAGCUGGAUUGCUGGGAUGGAGACAAAGGUGAGCCGGUCAUUUGCCAUGGUCACACCCUCACCUCUAAGGUCCCUUUCCGAGAGGUCGUUGAGGUCAUUGCUGAGUACGCCUUCAAGGCAUCUCCUUACCCACUGAUCCUGUCUCUUGAGAACCACUGUUCUAUAGAGCAGCAGGCAAUUGUGGCCCAACAGCUACGCUCCAUCCUGGGAGACAAACUUCUCAGCAAAGCUCUGAACAACCAGUCACUUCAGAGUCUACCCUCACCAGAGGAACUAAAAGGGAAGAUUCUGGUGAAAGCCAAGAAGGAGAGCAUAGAGGCAGAAAGCUCUUGCUCCUCAGACUCCAGUUCCUCAGAAGAUGAGUCCAAAACUGAAAACAAACCCAAACCCAAGAAAGAGUGUAAGAAGGUGCCUAAAAUGAGUCCAGAGCUGUCUGAUCUGGUCGUGUAUACACGCAGCGUGCCCUUUAAGAGUUUCGACGUGUCAGCCCGCAGACCCGUGAGCGACAUGUCCUCUUUCUCAGAGAGCGACGCCCUCAAACUCAUCAAAGACUCAGGGAAGUUAUUUGUUCGCCAUAAUAGCCGGCAGCUGAGCCGGAUCUACCCCUCUGGCCAGCGCCUGCAAUCGUCUAAUUACAAUCCUCAGGACAUGUGGAACGCUGGCUGCCAGAUCGUCGCCCUUAAUUUCCAGACUCCAGGGGAGCAGAUGGACCUGAAUCAGGGGCGCUUCUUAACCAACGGCUGUUGUGGCUAUGUGCUCAAGCCCAGCUUCAUGUGUCAACCCGACUCAGAAUUCAACCCCGAGAACACAGGGGGAGGGCCGGGACACAACCCCACGCUUCUCACCGUCCAGGUCAUCUCUGCCCAGCAGCUGCCAAAGUCACCUGUGGACAAGCCCAAUUCCAUUGUGGACCCUCAGGUGUGGGUGGAGACUUAUGGGGCCCCCAUCGACAACAAUAAGAAGAAAACACACCGUAUUGACAACAAUGGUUUUAAUCCCAGAUGGGGCUGCACCUUUAAGUUCCAGCUUCACGUCCCAGAGUUGGUACUGGUACGAUUUAUGGUGGAGGACCAUGAUUACACCUCCAGGAACGACUUCCUGGGCCAGUUCACUCUGCCCUUCACCAGCCUCCGGACAGGUUAUCGGCAUGUGCGGCUGCUGAAUGCAGAUGGCUCCAGCCUGUCUCCCAGUUCACUCUUCAUCCACGUCAAGAUCACUCCUUCCCCCAGCUCUCCUGCCAGACACCCCUCUCCUCCAAAAGCCUAGCAACCGUCGCUGCGUAUCACCUCACACGUACACACCUACCAGUCCAGGACUGUCGACCAACAAGUCAGGGAAGCGUAUAACAUGGAGCAGGAAUGACUUUAUUUAAGGACAUGUUUCAGCUAAAGAAACUGAAACUGUUAUUUAUAAUAUGGAUACAUGCCGUGUUUUAGAAAUGUUAGAGCAAUAUGAUAGAUUAUGCAGUAGUAUGCAGUUUUUCUUAAGCAUUUAUGUAGCAUGUUUGUAAUGUAUUUCUUACCAAUGCCAAACACAGUGACAUUUUGUUACUGUGCUGCUGGAAGACAAAAAAAAAAAACAGAUGAAUUUUACUUGAAGGGAAUGAUGUAGAGACAAUCUGUGAGUGAGCCCUGUGUGUUAAGCAGGGAACUACUCUUUAACUGAUAAACGUAUACACCUCAGACGUGAUCGAAGCAAGAUGAAGAGGGGCGGUGGAUUUUAUUAAGCAAAGGCUAAUGCUUUUAACAAAGUGUUCUGUCUUUUUACUUUCAUUUAUCAUUUUCUCUCUCUCUCUUUUUACCUCUCUGUUUUUCAAAAACGUGCAGAUAUCUUUACCUCUGUAUUUUUAAAAAUUGCUCAGAGACGUAUCUUCCUGGUUUAGAGAUUACAGCUUACUAGGAUUAAAGACUUAUACUUGUAAUUAUUAUCCAUUCCUGUUUUGAAUAUUGUAUAUCUUUAAUUCGCAUAGCCCAUAGAAACACAUACUUUCAUAUCUUUUAGUAUCUGUCAGUAAUUUUAUCUUUGGAAAUAGGUUGAUUUUUAUUUAUUUACUAAGAUGUUCAGCAAGUACUCAGAAGUAGAGUGAUACUUAUACUUUAUGUCUUUCUAUGUUUGUUUUGAUAUUUAUGCUGUAUGCCUUGUUAAAUCACAGCCAAAUACAUUGCACUUGUGUAGCUCUAGACACUUCUGUGUCUUGCUGUUUGGGGCAAAUGGACCAAAGAUGUCCCUAAGAAAGUAUGCGGGGCUGACGCAUUACUACAUUGUGUGUUCCAUGUUUAAAAAAAGGAUCAGUGUUACUUGACCUUUAACCCAUCCAUCAGCAUGUAUGAAAAGAGAAAUUAAGACUGUACCAGUUUCAAUGCAAGAUGUGUUUCUGAAGAAAAAAAAAGUACUUUAUUUGUACGCAAUUAUGCAUACGCAAUCAUAUGCUAGCCGGUGAGAACUAAGACAUUAGAUAGCAUCAGUCUUGUUACAUUUAGGCAUGUACAAAAUGAAUAAACAGCUGAGUUGG